UAAGCACAGGUCUUGACUUCGCUCAGAGGAGGGUUCAUCUGUCCUGAUAACAAUGGAGAGCUGCAUGCCCAUCUUCUGUCUCACUGUCCUGCUUCUGCACUCACCAGCCAGCGGUGAUGAUCUGAGGCUGGUGAAUGGAAGCAGUCCCUGUGCUGGGACAGUGGAGUUUCUUCAUGAGGGACAGUGGGGGACAGUUUAUAGUUAUAAGUGGGAUAUACGUGGUGCUGGAGUUGUGUGUAAACAGCUGGGCUGUGGAUCUGCUGUAUCAGCACCAAUCAGUUCUCACUUCGGAGCCGGCUCUGGAAGCAUCUGGGUGUCUUUUGUUUCCUGCAAUGGCUCUGAGUCUGCCCUGCAGGACUGUGGCUCAUGGGAGCGGGGUGAGGACUAUAGCUUAACACACGACAACGACGCUGGAGUGAUCUGUUCAGGUCAAGGAGUGCGGCUCAGUGGUGGCAGCGAUCUCUGCUCUGGGAGAGUUGAAGUACUGCGUGGGAGCGCCUGGAACACGGUCUGUGAUGCUGGCUUUGACCGGCAGGAUGCAGAGGUUGUCUGUCGGCAGCUGCAGUGUGGAAUUCCUCAAAAGGUGCUGGGAGCUGCUCAUUUCAAGGAGGGGAAUGGUACACUUUGGUCGGAGGAGAUCCAGUGCUUUGGAAACGAAUCCCGGCUCUAUGACUGUCACAGUACAGACACAAAGAAGCAGAGCUGCACACACAGGAACGACGUGGGCCUCGUCUGUUUCAGGUACACUGAGUACAGGCUGUUGGGUGGCCCGGACUCCUGUUCUGGUCGAGUGGAGCUGCAGUACGAUGGUCAGUGGGGGACGGUCUGCGAUCGCUAUUGGGAUCUACAGGACGCCACAGUUCUCUGCAAGCAGUUGAAUUGUGGGUACGCUGUAUCAGUCCCGGGGCAGGCCUGGUUUGGUGAAGGCAGCGGUGAUGUACGGGCUGAUAUAUUCGACUGUGAUGGCAGUGAGACACACAUAUCAAAUUGCUCCAUCUCUGCAUGGGGACGAGGUGCCUGCACUCAUAGCAAUGAUGCAGGAGUGAAUUGUUCAGGUCCAUUGCUACCAGCACAAGCAGGUCGAGUCGGGCCUCUACCAAGUAAAUGCAACACCAGUAAUGAAGGGACCACGCUCUGCUCAGAUCACACGGCCCUCAGGCUGGUUGGGGGAGGAGGUGCCUGCGCUGGGAGGGUGGAGGUUUAUCACAACGGCUCCUGGGGGACGGUCUGCGAUGACUCCUGGGACCUGGCAGAUGCUGAGGUGGUGUGUAAGCAGCUCCAGUGUGGGACGGCACUCAAUGCCUCAGUGUCAGCCUCCUUCGGCCAGGGGACCGGACCCAUCUGGCUGGACGAGCUGCGCUGUCAGGGGAACGAAUCGACUCUGUGGGAGUGUGCCUCAGGAGGGUGGGGGCAAUACAACUGCAGACACAAGGAGGACGCGGGAGUCGUGUGUUCAGAGUUCAAGAAGCUGAGACUGUCUCGGGGCUGUUCUGGACUGGCAGAGGUUUUUUACAAUGGCACCUGGGGCAGCGUCUGCUAUAACGGCAUGGAUGAAAACACAGUUAAGAUGAUAUGCCGUGAGGUCAACUGUGGAGAGAGUUCUGAAAUAUCAAUACCACUUCCAGCAUCUAGCACUGCGCGCAAGUGACUUGUGUGAGACAGCAGGGAGGGGGUUAAAUUCCCCCUGCAGGAAAACAUGUGCAUAGGCACAUUUUGGUUUGUUUUGUUUAAUUGUUUAAUUGUUUUGUUAAUUGUUUUAUUAUUAAUCAUUACCCGCACCUGGCUAUUAUUGAAAAUUAGAGCCAGGUGCAGGGUUUAUAAGGAGAGCAGUCAGCCCACUCUGGGUGGCUGCUGAAGAGGGUAGAAGCCUGACUGUGCUGGUGUGUGGGUACAGCCGUAAUUUAAAAGGAAAAAGAGACAACGAACUGCGGAGAGGGGCGAUUCUUUUACACUUGAUAAUGUUGAAUGCAGAGGGCAUGACUACACUGUGGCAGUGUCCAUUUUCAUCCUGGGGUCAAAACGACUGCCUGAAUGAUGAGGUGGCUGAGAUUGACUGCAAAGUGGAAAAGAAGCCAACUGUCUCCAGCAUACCAGAGACCUGCUCUGAAGACCUCACUCAGGAGCACUGCUCAGAGCCAGCAGAGCUGAGGCUAGCUGGAAGCUCAAGUCCCUGCUCCGGACGGGUGGAGAUGCGGUUCGAGGGGUCCUGGGGGGACAGUCUGCGGUGACUCCUGGGACCUGAAGGAUGCCCAGGUGGUCUGCAGACAACUAGGCUGUGGGGCAGCGGAGAGCACAGGGGAGGUGAGGCUACGUUUGAACAAGGGAACGGCACCAUCUGGCUGGACGAGGUGAACUGCAGGGGCAGCGAGAUGCACCUGUGGGACUGCGACCGAAGGGAUAAACGAAGGGAGGACUCGGUUAGGGCUUUCCUAUGUAAGCAAUGUGAAUACAGAUUGUGUUUUAAUAAGGGUCUGUGUUCCCUCUUUCAGCCUGUAAUUGUGGUGGUGUGCAGUGUUAAAAGGGAUCUGGUUUCAAAGUGGAUUGUUUUGAAAGUCUAUAGUAAAGUUUGGACUUGGAAAAUAUUCUGUAACCCAACUCUUGACAUUUACCAUUUGUAAAUCAUUUAGAGUUAUACAGAAAUACACAUUUAAAUAUUUAUUUUAUAAUUAGUAUGUCUCCUGUUUUAAUGUACCCUUUCUAAGUGUAUAGUAUUUCUUACGGAGUGUGCAAUGGCUUGAAGGCUGUAUUAGUCUGUUUUUAAACAAUAAAAUCUUAUUUAACA